UUUGGGACGGAUUUCAGCGAUCGCUCAGUGCCUGGAGGGGAAGCUGCCGGAUUCCCGGGCAGUUUGGAGCUCUUCCCCGCUCAAGCCGCCGUGCAAGAUGAGCGUAGCUGUGGAAGAAGCCGUCUUGCCGUCCAUCUCCACUUUUGCCGGCUUGGUGCCGCUGGAAGACAGGCAACCCGAUAUGAGGCAGAUCCUUCCUCACGCGGAGGGCGCCGCCGGCAUCAAGAGGGAAGCGGACGAGCUCGGCAACUUCGUCGACCUGGAGUUCAUCCUGGCGCACACCGCCAACGGGCAGCCCAAUGGAGGGGCGCCGCCGCCCGCCCACCCGAACCCCAACUACCCCUUGCCGGAGACGCCCGAGAGCUGCGGCACCACGUACGACAGCGACGGCUCCAACUACCAGCCCGCGAACAAGUACGCGGCGGCGGCGGCAUCCUACUUGCCCAGCCCCGGGCACAGCUACGUGGCUGAGCUUUUCACGCAGGACUUGCAGCCGCCGCCCCAACAGCCGCCGCCGCCGCCGCCCUCCUCGGGCCCCUGCGAUCUCCAGCGGCGAGAAUACACGGAGCUGCGCGCCGCCGGCCUGGCCCACGCGCACGCCGGCCUCCCUCGGGGUCUGCCCCUGGAGCACCUGCGGGUCAAGCAGGAGCCUAUGGACGGCCAGCCCUGCAUGCUGAGCGGGCCCGCCGAUUAUCUGGGGCCCCCUUCCGCGGCCGCCCCCGCGCCGCUAGACCACAAGCCGCUCUUGAUGCAGCCCAUGAUCCACCAGGGGCCUCCCCCGCCCCCGCCCCAGGCGGCCUCUUGUUUCCCCGCCGAGCAGAUGGGCCCGGGGCCGCACUGCCAGUUGCUGGGCGACCUGAACGGGCCGAUGGGAGCCCUCCCGCAGCACCAGCAGCAGCACCAGCAGCAGCAGCACCACCCGCACCCCUACCAGCGAGCCCCGCACCUCUUCCAGCCAAAUUUCGCCGGGCACGUCCCGCCCCAGUUCCAUGGACACUUCAGCGUCUUGCGGGAGCCCCUGAAGGCCCCCCACGCGCAGGGCCUACACGGGCUCCUGGUCACGCCGCCCCACUCGCCCGUACUGGAUUACUAUUCCCCGAUGGGCCCCCCGGAGGAGUGCAAGCCCAAGAGGGGCCGGAAGCCCUGGGCUCGCAAGCGCACGGCCACCCACAACUGCGAGUUCGCCGGGUGCGGCAAGACCUACACCAAGAGCUCCCACCUCAAGGCGCACAUGCGGACCCACACGGGUGAAAAGCCAUAUCACUGUAACUGGGAAGGCUGCGGUUGGAAAUUUGCACGGUCAGAUGAACUAACACGCCAUUACCGCAAACACACCGGUGUCCGGCCCUUCCAGUGCCAUCUAUGCGACCGUGCUUUCUCCCGAUCAGAUCAUCUGGCUCUGCACAUGAAGAGGCAUGUGUGAAGUGUGGCUGGCUCCCCCUCCCUGGGCCAUUUGGGUGGGAUGUGGUGGGGUUGAAGAAGACGAAGGGAUGGGGUGUACAAAGAGACUGAAUGAGGACUCUAUUUAUGAAGGGAUGGACCUUCCCCCUCCCCUUUAUUGGAGUAGCUAAUUUAUGUAUAUAGUAGUGGAACAUUUUAAAUAUUUAAAGAGGAAGCCCAUCUUUUUCUUCCACAGCAAGGUGGAAGGGCUUUAUGUAUUUAAGAGUGAAUAGUUAUAUGUACAGAUCUGGCUGCCACAGGUGCGAGGCUCUAUGGGAAAAAAUGCACUGGAAGAAAGUAUGUGGGCAGUAUAAUUGUGCAAGUAUCUCUCUGCCAGUCCCCCAUCCAAAUGUUCAGUAUGCCAUAGCGCAAAGAGUACAUCAGCCAUCUCAAGCUGUUUCUAAGAUAACAGUACUAGUUUUUGUAUGUUUUGCUCCACAAUGUUUUUUAUGUCUGCCCUUCUUGUAAUUAAAAGCGCUCCAUCUUGUCAAAUUAUAUUUAAAAUGUAAAAUUCCUACAGGUCACACACACACAUACGCCCACAAACAAAGAAAGGAUAGCUUGGCUUGCACUGGGUAUCACUUUUUAAAUGAAUUGUAAAAUGUAAAUAUUGUUCACUGUGUCCCUUAUACCAAACUGUGGGAAAAGAGUGUCAGACAAAUAUGUCAGUUUUUAUUUUGCCAAAAUCUACCAAUAGCAUUUUUUAUAUUAAAAGGUUUUUUAAUGACAUUUUAUUUCAGCUGUAAAGCUUCCAGUUUGGUCAGUCUAUUGAGACCAAUGAUGUAAUCCUUCUUAAAGCAAGUAACAUCCACCAAUAAGACUCCACGCUGUCAGCACUGAGUGUUGGGGAUAAUCCAGCAGAAGAAACUAAAGCUGUCACUUCUGGAACAGGCUGUAAAACAAAUAUAAGCGCUGAACAAAGAUAAAACUUUGUAGGUUGCAUGAGCUGAAAUAUUUAGGGGGGCAAUAUUCUGAGUUAAGUGCACUCAGAAAUAAAACAACAAUCCAACAUAUUCUGCCAGGGACCAAAUCUUGGUUUGGCUUGCUUUUGAAGAACCAAAGAGUAAGGUUUUUUAAAAAAAAUGCAGUCCUGUAUGUGCUUACUCAGAAGCAAGUCCCAUUGAAUCUCACUUCAGUAAAGGAUUGUAUGGUAUUGAAAUUUUAAAAUGUAUUGUAUGUUUUUUCUUGCUCAGGGAUGCUGUUAAACAGAACAAAAAUGACCUUAAUAUUCUGGUUUUUUUUCCCUGCAAGAUUAUGAGACCACAUGUUUUUAAGCAGAACUUUGAAAUGUUUUCUUGUGGAAGCAAAUGAGGAACAAGUUGGAAUAUUUCAGUGCUGCCAACCAAAUCCAGGUUCUUAUAGAAUACAAUUACUGUAUCUGCAUGCUUGGUUGAAAGGAAGUAAAGCAUAUUGAACUCAGUGGGAAUCCUUGACAAAUAAGCAUGCGUAGUGGCCUUCCCAAUUAGUCUUCCAGACUAUAACUUCUUCCAGCCUCCCCAUAUAAUCUUCCAGACUGUAACUUCCCCAAUGUCUGAAAAACAGGCAUACUGGCUUACUAAGGCUUAUUAGAGGAUAGUCCAAAACAUUGUAGGACUCCAUGUUAGGUAAGGCUGAUUUAGAGGAUUGAAAACUUGACCAGCUGGAAAUCCUACUGCAUACAUUUAUGCCCACACAAGCUAAUGACAUCAUCAGCUGCAAGCUUUUAUGGCUCAUUAAAAUGUUCCUAUUCCAUUCCCCAGUUUCUGAGGCUCUAUCAGGAUCCUUCUUGAUCUGAGGAAGCUGUUGGGAGCAUUGAGGGAAACCUCUAAUGUCCCCAAAUCACAGCAAUGGUACCAAUCUUUGUGGCAGGAUGCUGGUGAUGAUUUCAGUGCAUUAAAGACUUCCCGCCCCACCCCAGCCCAUCCUGAGGAUUUUGCAGGUCAAAAGGGAUCCCAAGGAAGCCUCAGAAGCAGAGGGUGGAGUAGAAUAGGAAGCUUUUCAUAAGUGAUGAAAGCCCAUGGCUGACAACAUCACCACUUGCACUGACGCAUAUGUAUAUGUUGUACAGUAUAUGUAUAUACGCAUGUAUACAUAUGUUUACUUGGAAGUCAAAUCUCACUACAUUCAACAGAGCUAGGAAGUGGCUUUUUUUUUGGGGGGGGUUCAAGCUCCCAGAAUUCCAGCAGCGAUAAUAGUCAUGCUGGUUGGUGGAUUUGUGGUGCUUUAGUUCCCAAAAGAAACCUCUCCAGACCUCUGCUGCAACAAGCCUUACUCUCAGCUUAAUGUACAAUGUCUGCAGCUAAACUAACUGGUUUUAACAACCAGAUAGCUGUGCAUCUACCUAUCGAUGACACCUCAAAGGUGUUUUCUGGGAUAUUUAAAGCCACUUAAUUGCCUUUGAAUAUAGGAAAGAAAGCCAUCUUUACUAUUUCUCAGCCGAUCUGUGAAGCAGGAAAUGCUUCCAAGGCUUCCGGAGGUUUAUGAAUUCAUUUGAUCACUUUUCUUUCCAAGAGCACUAACACUCAUGGUCCUCUUGUCUUUUACGCCAUCGUUGCUUUCAAGACUUUGUAUUUAUUUGCAAAAGCAGAAAAACAGAGAGCACAAAAGCUUCACAAAUUUAGCGGUUUGUCUAUUAAACGGAUACUUUGGGGGAAUAAACAACAGUAUGGCCAAAACUUUUAAAGCACAGAUGGGACAUCUUUGGCUCUUCAGAUGUUUUAGACUUCAGCUCUCACAGCCCUUCCAUAUUAACUAUGGUGACUGGACCAAAGUCGUUGUCGUUGUCCCCCCCCCCCCCAAUU